UGUUGUGAAAUGCUGCGCGCACUCUCAUCCCGAACUCCUGGUGGUGGCGCAUUGACAGCACCCACUGACGUCGUGCAGAGUAAGCCGAUCGAAGCGCCUCCCAAAACCGAGAACUGGUCCCUAUCGUCAAACUCUGAUGUAGAAGAAGUCUCGUGCUCACCAUGUGAAGAUGUUGUGAUUCGAUUCUAA